GAUCAACGAUUAAUAGCUGAGUCGACAUUAUCAUCCGCACUUUCAACAGUAGUGCAGCAGUCCACUGAUCAGUUAGUCAAUGUAACAAUUAGAAAAAUUUCUCGAGCAAUUUUAACAUCAUCUUCAGCGUUAUUAGCUGUGAAAGAUAUUAUUUUAAGGUCUACACAUGCUAGUGUGUCAACUCGGACGGCAGCAGUUGGACAGUUGAUAAAAGAUUGUCUAUUACAUAAAGAUUUUUAUUGUGCUACGUUGAACAAGAAAGAGAACACUUUAAAAGCUCAAAUCGGUUAUCUGAAAUGUUUUCCUGCCGAUUUUGAUACUGUUUCGAAAACGAAAUUUAUUCAUACAUUACAUAAAUAUGAUCUCGACUGGUCACAAUAUCUCGCAUCGUUUAAUAACGGUAAACCGAUCGAAUUUGAUCAAAUAUCACAACAACCGAUAAUUAACGCUGAUAAUAAUGUAGCAACAAAAACUAAAUUUUAUCUAUCGGAAUUGGCUCAAACAAAAUUCAAUUCAUCGAAUUUUUACCGGUGUUUUGUAAAAUAUGAUGAGAAGAUCGUAUUACGCCCGAGACGACCGGUUGCUACGUCGUUUUCCGAUACAACUGUUGAGGUUGCGUCGAAACUUCGUAAAUUGUUUUUUAGUUUUUGUCCACCACAUUUAUUACACUCGGAUAAUGGUGCAGAAUUUGUUGGCCAAGUGAUUGUUGAACUGAAAACACUUUUUCCAGAUAUGUGUUUUAUUCGAGGGAGACCACGACAUCCACAAUUACAAGGUUGUAUAGAACGUGCUAAUAGUGUUUUAAGUGUUACUUUAGGAAAAUGGCUUGAUACAAAUCAUUCAACUCAUUGGUUAGAUGGUCCUCUCCCAGUUAUCUACGGUACAAAUACUAGAGUUUCAUCAACAACAAAAACAACACCUUAUGAGACAAUGUUUGGGCAACAACCACGCUCAAAUUCUGAGUUUUAG